AUGACCAUCCAGUACUUCUACCUUUCUUCUACAGCUAUAAAUCGUCCUAUUCGUUCAUCUUCCUCAUACCUGGACUAUGCUGACUCCCCGAAAUCGGUGGACUUGAUAGAAAACUACACUGAGGUGAAAGGCUUCCCCAAGCCUACUGCUGAGGUCAGAUGUGCCCUCUACAGCACCAAUGGUGAAGUUUUCGCUUAUACCCAACCUUCCAAGAUUGUCCUUGUGACCACUAAGGACGGGUCGCCCAGCACAGAGGUUUUGGCAGAGGUGGAUGUGAAGGAAGCCUACGACUUGCAUUUUUCUCCCAACGGUAGGUUCUUGGCCAUAUGGACAAGACCUGUCUUGUUGGACCGUGAAAGCGGUGUGUGGUCAGACAAUAUUCAUGUGUUUGAUGCUCAGGCUAACAAGGUUGUCACUUCAUGGAGUAACAAGCACCAGGGUGGAUGGAAGCCUCAGUUCACCCAGGAUAGCAAGAUCAUGGCGAAGAACUUCCACAAUAAGGAGAUCCACUUCUUUGAAGUGAGCGAUGAGUUCGACAUCAAGAAGCCUUCUUACAAGUUCAAGCUUCAGGACACCUCUGCCACAUUCCAAAACUUCCAGAUCAGCCCAGGCAAGAACCCAGCUGUGGCUAUUUUCAUCCCAGAGAAGGGUGGCAAGCCUGCCCAGGUUCUCAUCUAUAAUGUGCCAAGUUUCAACCAGCCUAUUUGUUCCAAGACGUUUUUCAAGGCUGAAAAGUGUCAGUUGCAGUGGAACGCUUUGGGUACCGCAUUGCUCGCGUUGGCAUCGACCGACCAUGAUACCAGCAAUAAGUCCUACUAUGGUGAGACGAACUUGUAUUUAUUGGGAAUUGCUGGCUCAUACGAACGCAUUGACUUGAAGAGAGAGGGACCUAUUCAUGACAUUACGUGGUCGCCUUCUGCCAGAGAGUUUGCCGUGAGUUACGGUUACAUGCCUUCUGAAACGACUUUCUUCGAUGCCAGAGGUAACGCCAUCCACUCAUUGCCAACUGCUCCAAGAAACACCAUAAUAUAUUCACCUCACGGCCGCUUUGUGCUUGUGGCUGGUUUCGGUAACUUGCAGGGUACUGUUGACGUUUACGACCGUCAGAACAAGUUCAGCAAAGUUUGCACGUUUGAGGCCUCCAACACGUCUGUUUGCGAGUGGUCGCCAUGUGGUCGUUUCAUUUUGACUGCCACGACCUCUCCUAGAUUGCGUGUGGAUAACGGUUUGAAGGUGUGGCACGCAAGUGGCCAGUUGAUCUACUUCAAGGAAUACCCUGAGUUGUUCUCCAUUACAUGGAAGCCUCAGCCUAUUGAGAAGUUCCCUGGCUUGAGACAGCUAGAACCAGCACCAGAGCCUCAACAGUCCGCUAAAGACUACCUUGAAAAGCGUGCUGCUUCUCGUGGCUCUGCUACUACGAAACCUGCUGGUGCUUAUAGACCUCCUCAUGCUAGAAACUCUGGUGCUUCCACUACAUCUACCUCCUUGUACCAGAAGGAGAUGCAGAGCAACUUUGGUGCUAGUGGUAACGGUGCCAGAAAGGCCGUCCCAGGUAUGGCUGUUCCAGGUGCUGCACCAGCCCAGCAGAAGGAAAGCAAGACAGCUGCGAAGAACAGAAAGAAGAGAGAGGCUAAGAAGGCAGAAGAGGGAUCCAGUCCGGCUCCUGAAGCCGCAUCAUCGUCUCCAGCCCCAGAGGCCGGUGUUGUCGGUGGUGUGGUGUCGUUGGAAGAGAAGAAGAUCAGACUGUUGUUGAAGAAGCUCAGAGCCAUAGAGACGUUGAAGAUGAAGCAAGCGCUGGGCGAGCAGUUGGAGGACACCCAGGUGAGCAAGAUCAACAAGGAGGGAGACAUCCGCAAGGAGUUGGGCGACUUGGGAUGGACGGAGUAG